AUGCCACAUAUUGAACUGAGGUCAAAUUAUAGUUUGACUGUAUCUACUAGGCAUACUGGAUCUUCAUCAUUGGGAGAUCAUCAAUUGUUCUCGACUGGUAUAGUCGAUACCACGACUAUAAGGAAUUUCUUUAGCGAUGGCAAAAUUACUGGGACGACAAACGAACAUUUUGGGACGAUCAAUCCUUCAAAUGCAUUGCCCCCAUAUUAUGAAACUUCAAAGGACAGUUCGUCUGAUAAGCUAAAUGGUUUAUCGCCCAACCCGAACAUGCCAUCUAGUAGUCCUCCAAUUGAUAGUGGUUCAACCACAACAACCCCUGGUAUUGGUACAGGUUUGCCGUUGAAUCCUUCUGUUCCGCCCGUUAAGUCGAUCGAACCAACAACUACGCCUCCUUUACAACCUGCCGUGGAUCCAACUUUUACAUCGAAAAACAAUCAAUCAUUUAUGCCAAGUGGAAACUCUACCUCUACACCGUUCCGAACUCAACUCACGACGGCAGGUCCACGAAUCAGUGACCACCCCUUUUCAUAUACUAACAACUCAGCAGCACUACUGACUGCUUUCAGCAGGACUACUCACGAUAGUGUUAGCAAGGACUUACAGAAUACAACGACAGACUCUAAAAAUCACCACAAUAACAGCUACGUUUCCCACCCGCAUGGCCGUGGGCAAACUCUUACUGAUGUAGAAUCUACACCGCUCUUUAUUCCACAGGACGCCACAGUGUCUGAGGAAAGCAAUCCAACCCCUGCUCUAUACUCGUCCAACAUUCAAAACGAACAAGGAACUGAAUGUAUCCAGGUGGUUUAUACCCAGGCAUAUGAGAUCACUGCAUCUUGCACCACUUUUUUGGCUGGUAUUCUUUCCACAGUUACUAUACCUCCUGCAGAGUACGCCACAUAUGCAAUCCCAACUGGUACUAUCACAACGGAUAUCUCCUACUACAAGAGCAGAACUGGUUUUUUUGCUCUUAAUAACGGCCUUAGAGCGUAUAGAAACCAAAUCAUAGGUGGUGUGGUUGGUUCGUUUGCGGGACUUGUAAUUUGCGCGUUACUAAUGUACGGUGUAUGGCGUUUUAUCAAGCGACGCAGACUAUCUUUAGAUGACCAAGGUGAAUUCACACACGACAUUGGUCAACGCGUAGGUUAUCCAGUUCUGCCGCAGAAGGCCGCAUCCAACUACAGGCGCAAUGCCACUAGAAACUACUCAAACGCCUCUAAAGGGGCAUCCUUUACAUUAAAUCAAAAUCAAUUGAAGACACGUUGGUGGGAUAAGCUGCCAUAUCGUGCUUUGAGCGCAAGUAAGCUCAUCCCAACAUUGAGACAGCCAAAGGAAGACUCAAUGACUGAUAAUGAGUCAGCAGACCCCUUCCGCGACGAGGUAAACUUCAAGCACAGGAAGCGCCCCCCUCCAUUGCCGCCUUCACGAUCUUUAAACUCUCCUACCCCUAUAGUUCCCAUACCCGAAACCAGACCUUCUUCAGUUAUUAACCAAUACUCUUAUAUCAGCUCCAUGGACGAAUCUUCAUCUGACUGUACCACAUCUGAAGCCAUGACCGACAAUGAUCUGUAUCCGAUCCACUUAGAUCAUAGAGAAAGAAUGGAAAUGCGAGAUGCUGGUUAUCUACAAUCGCAUUCCCAGCAGAGUUACCUCAAGGAGAUGAUUUAA